GCCUGGGGCUCCUUGGGGGUCAGAGGGAUGCCCGCCCUUGGGUCAGGAGGCGGUGAUGCUUGCGGUGCUCGCGGGCGGCGGGAGGGGCAGCAGGAGGUGCCUGAGGCCGAGCAAAGUCUGUGAGGACCUCUUAGGUGACGAGUUCGUUCACCUUAUUUAGUAAAGGGGGUAGAGUCCACUCAAGGGGCAGACUGGCAACUUUGUAGGUCUGUCAUUUCGAAAAGAGAGGAAGAUUUUUAGAAAUCCAUUCAUUUUAAAGACGUUCCUUUGUAAAGUUAUUAUCUCACAUGUACUGUACCAUAAUUACCUUUUCCUGCUUCAUGCACUGGCCUUGCCAAGUAAAAAUAACGUUUUUGGAUUCUCUUCUAACCGAGUGAGCGCAAAGACACAAUUAUGCAACCAUUGCACUAAGGGGCUAGAGAAUUGAGUGAUCGAGGGAAGAAAUUUUUGCAUAUUGCCAGUAUUGAAUUAAAUUUUGAUUGAUUAUACCUUACAGCAAGUGCAGUACUAAAGUUUGACAGCCAUAUAGCAAACCCUGUGUAAAAAUUGCGUAUAAGUGUUUAGGUUUACCCAAACAAGCCAGAUGCCAAAGAUUGCAGAAAUGUCGCACAGCAAGCAGCUCAUAGACUUUUUAAUGUAUUUAAUACUUUUAGGAUCAACUAUAUUUGUUAAUAAGUAUGUGCUAUCAGUCUUAAACUUUACUUACCCUACGAUCUUCCAAGGAUGGCAGACGUUGGUGGGUGGUAUUUUGUUGCGAAUUCUUCUCUCAAACAAAUGCCUCAGUGUGUCCUCCACAGACCUGGACAAAGCAGGGUUCAUUUCUCUGUUGCCGUCAUUUUUGUUCUUCUCGGCUGGUAUUGUUGCAAGUUCGAAAGCUCUUGCAAACUUGAGUGUGCCAAUGUUCCUCUGUCUGCAAAACACCCUGGGAUCCAUGCUGUACCUGAUGGAGAUAAUACCAAGUGGAGGAGGCAUGGUAGCUCUUGGGGCCAGUCUCAUCACUAUUGGAACAGCUGUGGCAGCUGUCCUGGCUGACAUUGACAUGACGUUUUCAGAUUCACCUUAUUUCUGGAUGAUGGUGCAUCUUGCAUGUGUAGCAGUACAAACCCUUCAUUCCAAGAUUGCUGAUGCUCGAUACACGGCUGUUGACCGACUCUACUUUUCUUAUGUGUUCAGUGUUGUUGUGUUGGCGCCUGCAUCACUGUACCUCGAGGAGGCUUUUGAAGUUCUGCGCUUCCCACAUGCAGUACGUUACGAUUUCUAUGCAGGUUGCCUUUUCUCAGGAGUGUUGGGCCUAUUCCUCAAUCUCACAUUGAUGAAGGUUAAGCGAUAUGCUCUCUUCUCCGUCGUCGAUCCAGUUGGACGAUUACUGACUUCUGUGCUGGCUCUAGCAACAUUCCCUGUUGUGACUACUAGUAUGGCCAACACCCUAGUGUGCAUCAACCUAAUAUCUGCUGUGUUUGUGCCGGUCCCAGUCCCAAAGGACGGAGACGAAACGGAAGAAGCUGUGGGCCUGUUACGGGAAGGCGUUGGAAGCGUGACGAGGGUACAGUCGUGUUCGAGGGGCUGCUUUUGGAUACUUUUGUUAUACAAUGGUUUUUAUUUAGAAUAUAAUAAAAUAAAUGAAUUUUUUUAAGUGCUAAUUUAUUUUUAGAGUUUUCUCUUAUAUAGUCAUAUUUUACCAAUUAUUUAGAUUUAAUAUCAAUAUGAUAUUUUUAUAUUAUAGACAUUGAAAAUGUGCUGUGGUAAUUUAAUGCAACAUAGGAUGAAGACCGUGAAGCUAACAUGUGAGCAUAUCAUCUCAUCUUUGUUAAUGAUCAUUGCAUCAUCAUCACCUAGUGAUAUGAAGCUUUAUGUCUUCCUUUCUGUCUCUCUACCAAACUUUACAUUUUGUGUGAAUGCAGGAAUAUGGAAAUAGGCUUGAGUUUGUCUGUGAUUAUGUAUUGAAUGGUUUAAGGGCCUAAAGUUUUGGAUGAAAUUUAGGAACUGGUGUAUAAAACAUGACAGUAAUUCAUGACGGUAAUUUCCAUUAACUUUACCGUGCUCUGUGAGAGCAAUAAUUCAAUUGUCUGGUGCUGCAGGUGAAGGAAUCUUAUACAGAUUCAAUCAUUACUACAAAGAAGUUUUCCAAGGAUUUCAGUAUAAGCCUCACUGGUGUCGAAAUAUAGAUAAUCAAAUUUCAUUAAGUAUCUUAUUUGUAGUAGGAAGUGAAUUAUUAUAUAUCAUUUACACGUCAUAAUCCCCUUAGUAUUUGCAAAGCAUAUUCCUCGUGAAUGCUAGGUUUUGAAAAUAGUACUUUGUUCAUAAUUUUCUUGUUACCAUCAGAAAUCAUAAAGUUUCAGCAAGUCCCAGACUUCUGUAUUUCAGUGUUGUAUUUAUUGCUUUAAAAGAGGACAUUCAUGUCCUUUUCCUUCUCUUUAUACCAUGUUUACAGGCAGUAACGUCAGUAAAAGUGAAAUUAGACAAA